UGGGCGCCGAGGAUCUGUCUGAUGGUUCCCAAUCCGCGGAUGCUGAUCUGCCAGAAGAGAGAUGGGGAAAAGAUACUUCUGUGACUACUGUGACAGGUCCUUUCAGGACAACCUUCACAACAGGAAGAAACAUCUCAAUGGAGUGCAGCAUCUCAGGGCUAAGAGAGUCUGGUACGACUUAUUCCGAGAUGCUGCCGCUAUCCUGCAAGAGGAGCAAACCAAGAAACCUUGUCGGAAGUUUCUGCAAACAGGACAGUGUGAUUUUGGGUCCAACUGCAGAUUUUCCCACAUGACAGAGCAGGACCUGGAGAAGCUGAGUGCCCAGGUUCAAGGGGAGCAGAGAUCAAAGGAGCUGCGGCAGGAGGGAGCAGAUGUCCCGCCUGGCACCAUUGAGGACUGGCUGGAGAAGAGAGCAAAGAGACUGAGCGCGGCUCAGAGUAACAGUGCUCUGCCUGAGAAACCAGCGCCUUUCCAGUACCCGCCAGGCUGGCCACCAGUGCAGGAUCUGCCCCCGUCCCUGCAGGCCCCCCCACCCGGAGGGUGGCCAGUCCCCCCCAGCCUGCAGUGGGGCUGAGGCACAGGGACCCCCACAGAGGUGGUGCUGGAGAGGGACUUCUUCCUACCCUGCUCUAAGAAACGGAUGGAAUUAUUUAUAUACACUUUUAUAUCAAUAAA